GUAGUUCUAAAGAAUUGGCGAAAAUGAACUAAAUUUAAACUUUAUUGUUAACCCGACAGAGGGUGCUUUAUUAAUUAAAGUGUAUUUAGUAGUUUCGAAAAGUGAAUUAAUCACUUCCCGGUGAUAAAACUGGUUCAAUUAGAGAUCCGCCUGCGGUUUUCCAAUUGCGUCUACGACAAAGCGAACAUAUAACACGAGGAAAAGCGUAAUGCGACAGCGAGUUUAACAGAUGUCGCUGAAAAUUGGUGUUUACCAGCCGAUUCGCAAACAAACGGAUGAGCUUUAGAUAGUAAGCAAAAAAAAAAAAAUCUGCUGUGGUUUUUAAUCCAUUCGAAUUGGAAUUCACGGGCGUUGGUUGAGAAUACCGCACAUUGUUUCUGCUGUAGAAGAAAUGGUAUGUGUUUCACGUUUUGACGUGAACAGUCUGUGGUCGCGCACCGAAACAGAACACAGUCGGCAAACGCUCUGUUUGUAAGCAAGGCUGGCUGUGGCUGUGUGUGUGUGCUCCGUGCGCGUUUUUAGUUUGUUUGUGUGAGUGAGUGAGUGUGCCUGCUGUGAUCUGAUCCUUCCGUGUCUCUUCACGUCCCUUCACGUCUAUUAUCCUGGAGGAGGAGGAGGAGGAUCGAAGAAACCAUCGUAGAAGAUGAUCUUGGAAAUAAGAUAGAGGAAAGAUAUAGGAGGAAACGUGCGGCGAUGCCUAUUGGAAUUUGAAAGGAAAGAGCGAACGAGAUUGAAUGGUUUUCGAGGCAGCGACCGGAACUAGGGAGAUCCGAAGUAGGUAGUAGUUGGUAGAAGUAGAUGCUAGACUGAUAAAGAGACAACAGAGAGCGGAGAGGUGGUAAAUGGAAUGAACGAAGAGGAUCUAGUAAAGAGGUCGGCCGAGGAGCGCGAGCGAAUAUUCAAGCGGUACGAGCAUGGACGAGCCGAGGGGGCGGAAAUCGAUCCCUGGGAGGAUCCGGCCUUCGAGGUCUACCACACGACGGACCGUUAUGGCUUCAUGCACGACAAGCGGCUUCCAUCGAAGCUGGACCAGCACGAGGCUAAGAAGCAGCACGUCGAACUGGAGCGCAUCAAGAAGUGGCUCAAGAUGUUGAAGUCGUGGGAUGCACCGGCAAGCAAGGAGAAGCUGCACAAGAGGAUCUACAAGGGCAUCCCGAACUCGCUCCGAUCGCAGGUGUGGAUCAAGCUGUUGGGCAUCGAGGAAGCGAAGGGAAAGAACAAGAACACGUACGGCGAGAUGCUGAAAUUGGCGAGACUGUACUCCACCGAUGCCAGACAGAUCGACUCCGAUGUGAAUAGGCAGUUCAGGGAGCACAUACACUACAGGGAACGGUACAGCAUCAAGCAGCAGAGCCUGUUCAACGUUCUCACCGCGUACGCGAUGUAUAACAGCGAGGUCGGCUACUGCCAAGGCAUGUCCGGUCUAGCAGGGGUGCUGCUCAUGUACAUGGAUGAGGAGGACGCCUUCUGGGCCGUACACAUCCUGCUCACCGAUCCCAAAUACGCGAUGCACGGCCUCUACAAGGAGGGCUUUCCGAAGCUGACCCGCUUCCUCGAGCAUCACGACCGCAUCCUCACCAAGUUCAUGCCCAAGAUGAAAAAGCAUUUUGAUAAGCACGGUCUGGACGCCAUCCUCUAUUCGCUGAAGUGGUAUUUCGUUUGCUUCGUCGAGCGCGUCCCGUUCAGCCUCUGCCUCCGCAUCUGGGACAUCUUUCUGCUGGACGGCGACAAGAUCAUCACGGCCAUGGCCUACACUAUUCUCAAGCUGCAUAAAAGGAACUUGAUGAAGCUGAACGACAUGGACUCGAUUACCCAAUAUAUUCAGGUAAAGUUGUAUAAAGAUUUUAUGUUCGAUGAGGACUUUGUGAUAACCGCGCUGGAGAAGACGACGGAGGAGCUGAAGAGGACGAAGCUGGAACAUCCCGGACCGCCGACGAAAGAUGAGAUUCCGAGUCGACCGUUCGGACAGUUCGUGCAGCCGUCCUUCGAGCAGAUGGUCGGCAUACGGCAGGAGAAGUUCACCGAGAAGGAGAAGGAGACGAACGAGAUCGUGACGAUGAGAAGCGAGGCGGCCCGGGAAGCUGUCGAAACCGACAAUCGGGAGUCUCAGCUGAGCGCGGGCACCGAAUCCGUCGGACAUACAGGAUCAAAGUUUUCGUUUGAUCCGAGCAUGGACGAUGCGAGUUCGCUGCUCGACUGCGAGCACACCGGGUCGAGGAGAUCCCUUGCAGACACGAGCGUCACGUCCACCGCUGAUCUCUCGGUGUUUUCGGCGGUGACGAGGUCGCAGGCACACGAGAACAGCCUGGACACCCACAGCAACGUGUCGGACAACUCGGUGGGCGGUGGCAGCUCCGUCGGUUCGGGCAUCGGCGCCACCGGCAGCAUGCAGAGGGCGGCGCAACUGAGCCUGAGCACGCACUCGACGCCCCGAGCGACGCCUCACAACCCGAGCCCCGCCGACGUCCUCCGGAUCUACGUGCCGUACUCCCCUUUGGACACGCCCAUCGCCAGCCCGCAGAACGGGGACGUCCACAAGUCGCUGCCUUCGUACGCCUUCCCCGACAAUCGGAUUCGCAUUCGGAUCGACAACGACGAACUCUCGACGCCGAUCGUCGAGCACGGACAGAUCAAGCCUUUCAUCCUGGACAGUCCCGAGAUCGAUUUGAAAUAACGCUGCACCGAUCGUAAGCGCGACAAGAAGAACAAGCAAUAAUCUACGCUCGACGUUUUGCUACAUUAUCCUUCUUUUCCAUUCGCAUAUCUAAGUUAAGUAGUUCCUCUCGCAUCUCAGGGUUCUUUUUAUCUCAAGAACAGCAUUGCCUGAGCGGAAUUCCAAUACUAGCUAACCUCGAUCAAAGGAGUCUUAGAUUUAUUUAUUUUCGUUUUGUUUUCAUUUGUAACUUCAAAACUUGCCAAAUAGCAUUUUAUUGAGUCUACACUGCACCACAUAUGAGUCACUAACAUCUGAUUGUAGAAAUAAUUCAAAACUUAACAAUUUUACUAUUAAAUUGAUCGUCAUUCCAUUAUUUACAACAAAAUUCCAAUAUCAUUCUAUAAGCAAUUUCCAUUUACAUCAAUUGCAAUUAGUAAAUAUAUCAGUAUUCACAUGCUUUUAUUAACUAUUAACUAUGUAUGUUUAUACAAUACUUGAAUUAUCAACGAUAAAAAAACAGUAAAAUCAAUUAGUUAGUAUUGUUUUACUUAUUUAAUAGUAGAUUUAGUUAUUUUCUUUUUAAUUGUGCUCAAAAGUUUGUGAUGGUAAUAUUUUAGCAAUAAUCAAUUGGAAGCUGUUGUAUUUUUGAAUUGAAUAUAAAAAUCAAGAUGGUCAAUGAAACAAAGGCAAUCUUCAAUUAACGUCAUACAUCAUAUUUUGUGCAUUUGAUUCGAUCAAAGAAUUUGAUUGAUUGAUGGAUUGAUUGACUUACCUUUUUCUUAGAUGAUUUAAACACAUUCACACACUCUAACUACACACACAUGUUUCGAAUGCUAACGCUAAAUCACUUGGAACUGAACACGUAUGUUGUUACCAUUAUUAUCGCAAUAAUAAUAAUUGUGUUUUGUUUCAUAGCAACCGUGGAAUAAUCAGAGCAAUCAGUGGUGACUCAUAUUGCAUGCAUGCAGUGUACAUAUUUAUUCCAUACAAUUACAAAAAUAUUUAUAUUUAAUAUACGCGCAUUUAGCUCGCCUUACGCAUUGUAUAUUUCCCUUUUGUAUAUCUAUAUAUAUAUAAAUUGAUAGUUCAAAAUUCAAAAACCGUCCUUUUCACCGAUAAUUUACGACUUCUACUCAUUUCUACUUCUACAUGUUCCGCAACGAACAACAUUCCAAUUUCGGUUAUAUUAUUAUAAUAAUUUAUCAUUUUAUUGAAAUAUUCUUAACCCUGUCUAUUCUCGUUAGAUUGUAUCCAAAUACGUGCCAUAUUUUAGUGAAGAACGCAAGCAGCGGUGGGUCUCCAAAAAGUCCCUUUCUAAUUAAUUACUAAAGAUUAUACAACAAAAAAAAACAAACAAACAAA